AUGUAUUCUUUGGAUUAUGUUAGAAGACAUCUACAAGUGUUCAUAGGCGGCACAUGUGUGAUGGCUGGUGUAGGUGGUUGCACCGUAUCUGAUGUCGCCGGUAUGUAUAGAGUUGCACGCGCAUACUACAAAGGAUUUUUCGAGCGCGGUUGCGAUUACACACAUGACAUAGCGAUUCUUGAAUUAACUAGAGAUGUGCCGGUCACAGUAAAUCAUAUUUGUCUUCCUUUCCUGCAUCAAGUGGUAGAACUCGAAGAUCCUUACGUGCGCCUGAGAUCAUUUGGAUGGGGAACGGAUCGUAAGCUUUUUUAA